AUGAAGAGUGCAAUGGAACUAGAUAAUACCAAUGAAAAAGAUUCUUUAAAUGAUCAAGUAAAUUCUAUGAAUUUGAAUAAUUCAGAGGAUAAUUCACAAACCCUAACAGUUCUAAUAGAUGAUAAUCCAAAAGAUUCUAGUGAUAGCAUAUAUAACACAUGUGAAGAGAGUAAUCAAGAAAAUGAUGAUGUAGAGGAGAAUUUAACGGAUAGCUCAGAUAAAUUUAUUUCUUCAUCUGAAGCACAAUUACCGGAAGGACCAUUACCGGAAGUACGAGUAUUAGUAGAAAUAACCGAAGCGCAAAUAUUAGAAUCACGCCUUAAUGCAAAAUCUAAUUUAAAUAAUCCAAAUGAAAGUGAUUCUACAAUAAAUUCAAAUAAUUCAAAUGAAAGUAAUUGCACAACUGAAUUUAAUGAAGAAUUAAUAGAUAAAGAAGAAAGAAAACGAACUUCUGGCGUAUUAAAUUCUCAAAUAAAUUUUAUAAAUUCUUUGUCUGAUUCCUCAAAAAUUCCUUUCCCAUCACCUAUUAUUAUUCAGAAUGAAGAACCAAAUAUUAAUAAUAUAAUGAAUUCUAUUAAAGGAUAUGAAGAAGAUGAAAUGAAUGAAUUAUCUGAUUCAAUUACAAUUGAUGAUACAAUCAAUACAAUUAAUACGACUAAUACAAUUAAUGAAACUAUAACAGAAUUCAUAAGUGAUAAUUCUAUAGGCAAUUAUACAUCAAGUCAUACAAUUUCAUCUGUUCCUUAUAACCCUUCACAAAUUGCCGAGUAUAUCUUAAAUAAUCUACGUCAAUCAUCAAAUAAAUAUUCUCGAAGUACUUCUAUACAUUCCCCAAAUGUUUCGAUACAUUCCCCAAAUACUCCAAUAUAUUCCCCUAAUGCAUCGAUAUCUGGAAUGACAUUAAGUAAUCAAAUGUUAAAUACAUUUAACUCUGUGAUUGUUUCAGAUGAUGAUGAUGAAAAAAGUAAUAAGAAACAGGAGAACAAAAUUUUAAAUUCUGAAGAAGGAAAUUCCGAUGAUACUGCAUGGCUUGCUGAGAAAGAGAAAAUAUUAAAACUUUAUUCUCAUAAACUUCAUCUCCUUAAACCACGCAUGCAAGAUCCUAAUCUUUGCUCACAUGAGAUAGAAUUUCUUUCCGAUUUUGAUGACGACAGUUAUUUAUCAGAUUAG